AUGAUGACACAAACUCUCCCGAGUCACCCUCUCUCCCGCAAGGAAACGGUUCAUGGUUCAGAGGAGUCAGUGGGUGGCACUGAGAUGUUCCAUUACGCCAGUGACGGUGAAGUUGACGAGACACAUCCAACUCAAGUAUCGCUCUUUUGUACGCUAGUCAUCUUCCUCUAUAGUUUCUACAUCUUCUUUGUUUCAGCCUUCGUAGUCGUUUCAGCCAUGUUUAUUAAAACAGAGGGCAGCCGACCGGGCCCGAUGCCCACAAACGACACAAACACCUAA